UUUUCUCUUCUCUCUCCUUCCCUCCCUCUGCUCUUUACAACAUCCACCCAUACUUUCACGAAAUCUAUACUCAUUUAUAAUUUAUAAUCCCUCCUUUCUUCCUCCAUCUCUCCAUCUCCUCACUCCUCUCCAUUCUCUCUCUCCGUUUCUCGCACAAACUAUGUGCCUGCUUUAGUCUGGGGAGGGAGGCACCAGCGGGGUUCAUAGUUUGAUGGUUCAGCCUUGAAUCACAUGCUACAACCCUACCGCAUGACGAUGGCCGUCGCUGCUACCACCUCUCUCAAUGCUUCUGAAAAGAAGCACUGGUGGAUCACGAACCGUAAGAUUGUUGAGAAAUAUAUCAAAGACGCUCGCAGCCUCAUUGCGACCCAAGAACAGAGCGAGAUCGCCUCGGCUCUGAACCUCGUGGACGCGGCGCUGGCCAUAUCUCCACGCCUGGACCAGGCUCUCGAGCUCAGAGCCAGGUCUCUUCUUUAUCUCCGGCGUUUCAAGGACGUCGCCGAUAUGCUUCAGGACUACAUUCCCAGCCUCAGAAUGGCUGUCGAGGACUCGGGCUCUUGUUCUUCCGAUAGUUCGUCGCAGCAGCUCUCGAGGGAGGGAGUCAAGCUGCUGUCGUCUUCAGAGUCGUCGCCGGAUCAGAGUUUCAAGUGCUUCUCCGUCUCGGACUUAAAGAAGAAAGUGAUGGCAGGACUGUGUAAAAGUGGCGAGAAGGGAGGGCAAUGGAGAUACUUGGUGCUGGGUCAAGCAUGUUGUCAUCUUGGUCUGAUGGAGGAUGCGAUGGUGCUUCUCCAAACUGGGAAACGACUUGCUAGCGCCGCCUUCCGCCGCGAAAGCGUUUGCUGGUCCGACGACAGCUUCUCUUUAACAAACAUCCCCUUCUCCUGUGACGUAACCAACACCGCACCAUCCACUCCACCUCGGACACCUCUGACCGAAUUCGAGACCGUCACUCAACUCCUCAGUCACAUCAAGCUCCUCCUCCGCCGUCGCACUGCGGCACUCGCCGCCCUCGACGCCGGCCUCUAUUCUGAGGCCAUCCGCCACUUCUCCAAAAUCGUCGAUGGCCGCCGUGGCGCUCCGCAAGCCUUCCUCGCCGAAUGCUAUAUGCACCGAGCCUCUUCCUACCGUUCCGCAGGCAGAAUCGCGGAGUCUAUUGCAGAUUGUAAUCGUACACUGGCUUUGGACCCCACUUGCAUUCAAGCUCUUGAUACGAGAGCCGCCCUUCUAGAAUCCAUUCGAUGCCUGCCUGAUUGCCUUCAUGAUCUUGAACACUUGAAGCUUUUGUACAACACAAUCUUGCGGGAUCGCAAGCUUCCUGGCCCUGCUUGGAAGCGUCAUAACGUUAGGUACAGAGAGAUUCCUGGGAAACUCUGCGCUCUCACGACGAAAAUUCAAGAACUGAAGCAAAGGGUGGCUUCAGGGGAGACCGGUAAUGUGGAUUACUACGCUUUGAUUGGACUGCCGCGCGGUUGCUCACGAUCGGAGUUGGAGAGGGCUCAUUUGUUACUCUGUUUAAGGCACAAACCAGAUAAAGCUACCAGCUUUAUUGAUCGCUGCGAGCUUGCGAACGAACGUGAUCUUGAAUCGGUGAAGGAGAGAUCAAAAAUGUCAGCAUUGUUAUUGUACAGAUUGAUUCAGAAAGGUUACGCAAGCGUGAUGGCUACGAUCAUGGAUGAAGAAGCCGCCAAGAAGCAGAGGAAGAAGGCUGCUGCUGCUGCUGCUGCUUUGCAAGCUGCACAAGCAGCAAUACAGGUUCCCGAAAAAAGUGGGUGCAGAACGGAAUACGAGGGAAAGAAAUCAGAGAAAACAGUUUCUUCGUCGACUGUAAAUCCUUCUGUAUUCCAGGGGGUGUUUUGCCGUGAUCUUGCCGUUGUUGGGAGCUUACUUUCUCAAGUUGGAUUCAACCGUUCUAUUCCAGUGAAGUAUGAGGCGCUAAGCUGCUGAUUCAGUUGAAAGUCUUCUAGUAUGGUUGUGUUUGUGCAGGCAGUGUGCGAGAGAGAGAUUCAAUCUUAACAUAUGCAUGUAUCAUGAAUGUACAGACACGAAGCAAGAAAUGUUCUCACGAUUCACUUGCGCAAAAUAGAAAAUUUGGGGCCCUUGGAGAUAUUACAGGCAGAGGAUUCUCCUGAUUAUGCAAUCUGGUUCGUCCACUUGAUUGUAAAAAAUGAAAAUUUAGGCUGCUGGAAAAUUUUGCCACCUUUCUCUCUUUUAUCUCUCCUUUCUUAGUCAUCUUUAUUUACCACUUGUACAGAAUAUCAGUACUUAACACUCGCCGUGAUGAAUAUGGCGCUUCUCUUGGCUCCUAAAUUUCGCGUUCAGAAGUAAUUCAAAAUCUGGGAUAUCUUUCGGGCUUCGGGUGGGAAGAUAUGGAUUCUUUAAUGAGGACCAGCGCAUGGAAAAUGUGGCAUUAGUGUUGCAGCCUUGUAGUUGUAGGUGCAGAGGAAUAGGUGCUUGGCUUGGCGUUUUCUCUUUGGUUCAUUUGUGGGAGCAUUCAAUUUUUGCCUCGUUAAUUAAUUUAUCCAUGAAACUGGCUCUUAUGAGUUAUGACAUUCCAUUGGAUUCUUCAUCCUCUGUUUUCACUUUCAAGUAUCAUGAACUCGCUGGCAGGGUUGCCUUUUUGAGCUAAAACCAGUGUUAUGGUUCUAUAUCCGGUUCCCGCUAAAUGAUGAUGCAGACUGGACGGUUAAAAAAAUACUCUGGGUGUGGGUAAAAGCACAGCGUCGACUUCGGUAACUGAGUCUUCAGGGUGUAGUUGUAUGAAUGACUUGCAAUGAGUUUGUGUGCCUGAGACGAGUUGAGCGUGGCCUGGAUGUAGUGGAGAAAACUGAUGAAGUCUGCACAGGGAAAAGGGCUUGUCAGGGCCUUUUUCAUCACAGGUCUCUCUCUCUCUCUCUCUCUG